GUAAAGGCAAAGAACCCACCUUAAGGUCUAUACAAAAAAAAUACAAAAACCAAGCAUUAGACAAAAAAAAUAAAGAUUCUAUAUCAACUUUAACUAUAGUUCAUAUGUUGCAAGAACAAGACAAUUAUAUUGAAUAA